AUACACACUACUUCCCAGGGCACCUGCAUCUGUGAGGAGUACCACGUAUCUAUAUCUAUACACAUGCACAUAUAAGGAAGAUAUAUCUAACUACAUAACACCUGGAUUUGUACCUGUCUGUGAUAAUACAGAUACAUAAAGACUUGACACUACAAUGUAUCUGUUCCUAUCAACAAUUUGCGCCAUUUGGGUCCUCACUUCCGCUCAUGUCGGUGAUCACGUGCCGCCAAAAUUGCCGGACCGUUUCUCCCUCCGCAUGGAAUCGAUUGAUCACAAAGGGAGACAAAUAUCGGAUACAGCGCACGUGGUAGAUUACGCCGGUAAAUUCAUGAGAAGCGACUUGUCCCCGCGAUCAGGGGUAUACGCCAGAUCUCUAGCUACCUUCGGUAACAGGCCCUUGAUCGUUAUCAAUGACUUUAACACAGGUCACGAGUUUGUGAUUGACAGGUGGUGGGGUAACUGCUCAACCCGCGGUAUCUCCGUCCACAACAGGGCGGCAAUCAUUGACAGCAGCAACCACAUCCUAGGCAUGAAACACCCCUAUGAGAUCUUCCAGCGUGAAGAUAUGAUGUACAAUGGAACAACUACGAUCAGAGGUCUCCCUGUAGAAAUAUACAGUGGUAUGCGAAACAAAACUCAAGUGUCAGUGUAUUACUUACGCAAUCCAUGGGGCUCUGUUACUGAACAGGACGAACAUCCGCAAGAGGGCGUACCGGUCGCCAUGAACUUCACCGGCUAUGACAAGGCGGGGAUGAGAGUGUCACGGCGGAUAAACAUCUACGACUUUACCAAAGACCACACAGAGCUUAGCACGGUGCCAGUCUACAGUUGCUUUAAACGGUUCAGAACUGUGAAUUUUCGUCUUGAUGACAACCUUGGAAUCCAUCGCUUCUCUGGCGUCUCUGUGAAGUACUCUAUCACAACACAGAUAGCCAAAGCCAUGAACGUCUCCUUCUUUAGAGUGAAAAUCACGAGUAUUUACGUGUCGAAGGAUAACAUCAAGCCUGGCUAUACCUUGAUUGUUUUCCGAAUUUACGACCCUAUCACGGCACCAGAUCACCUCGCCAGGCCCGUGGUAGAGACGUCAAUAGCUAAAGCCAUACAGAACCUGAAGUCCCUUGCCUAUCGAGGACUAACCAUCACAGUGCCGGACAUCAAGACACAGGACAGAUUGACAGUUAUUCCAAAUUCAGUCAUUUACUCUUCAUCGCAGACCUUCCCAUCGUACAGUUCUAGAUCAACAACAACACUAACAACAACAUCCACAAAUGGAGGCCUUGUGGCAGGGGUCGGGAUCGCCUUACUCAUCGUGGGGUUGGCCGCAGGGUUCGCCGCAGCGUUCUUCUUUAGGAAGAAGUUUCCUUGUGACAAGGGAGUUCCUUAUGCAAUAAGCACCUGAUCACUAAUACAUUCACGCUCUCUCCGUUCGCUGAUUGGAGGAUAAAACCCCGCAAGGUUGUGACACAAUCUCUGUUUUCUUAUUUUUUCUUUUAUAUACUUCUCACAGCUACUCCUCCACUUUGUACUCUCGGUUUACAUCUCUGCCACCACUUGCAGACUUUAUGAAGAUACCAACGCCAAAGACACAUCUGUCCGAUGGUGAUUAAACAGAAAGUGAUGUCAGAUAAAUGAGGCGUAGCCCUCGUUUUUGUUAUUAUACUUGGUACAUACGCACACAUUUACCUAAACUACAUGUGCGCGCGAGAUAAUUCAUACAACACUCAAACAAUUUAUCUGUUAAUUUUAAUGGAAAGUCUGUUGUUUGAUGCUAGAAUGUAUUCUGUUAUUGUUAACACAAUAUUCUGUCAUAUUCAACAUAAUAAAUUCUUAGGCUCACAGAAUCUGCAUGUCGGAUUAACAGAAUAUGUAUUUUAUAUUUAACAGAAAAAAAAAACAGCUGCAAUAACAGAAAACAUUCCAGCAUCUCUCAGACAACAGAUUUUCUGUUAAAGUUAACAGAUUAAUAUUUGGAGUGAACGAACUCCUAAAUCACUGAUAGGACUGCCAAUGAAUGCUGUCAAGCAAAGACAUUCAAUUCAGUUCAGUUAGUGAUGAGCUGGUGGCGUAAAUCCUCUCGAGCGGGGCCUCCGUGGCUCAGUUGGUUAGCGCGCUAACAUAGCGUAAUGACCCAGGAGUCUCUCACCAAUGCGGUCGCUGUGAGUUCAAGUCUGUGCCCGGUUUCCACCCACCACAAAUGCUGGCCGCCGUCGUAUAAGUGGAAUAUUCUUGAGUACGGCGUAAAACACCAAUCAAAUAAAUAAAUAAAUAAAUCUUCUCGCUCGUAUUCAUGAAGUAUGGAAGGCGGUUAAGCCCAUCGUCGUUCCAUCGCCUCGUUCAAUCGCUGGGUAAUGGAAUGAAAUUUGAUGAUGACAUUAACCGACUUCCAUAAUAAUGCCCAUCGCCCAUGAACAACAUUGCCUCUAAGUGUGAAACCGUCCUGUACAGGACCCGUUUGUUCCAAACUAGUUUAAAACUUAAUACCAGAUUUAACUUAAAGCCGAGUGUUUCAAUUUUGUACGAAGGCUAAAGAAAAUUUUGCAGCAUUUUAUGAACUAUAUGAACUAAAACUGCUGCUGUUAUACUAUAUCUUUUGAGAAACUACACUGUCUGCUGAAUUUAGCUAAAAAUUAAAUAUAAAAUUUGACCUAAUACCAGUAUCUGACUUAAUAUUAGCUAAUACACUUUCUUACUUAAUAUUAGCUAAUACACUUUCUUACUUAAUAUUAGCUAAUACACUUUCUUACUUAAUAUUAGCUAUUACACUUUCUUACUUAAUAUUAGCUAAUACACUUUCUUACUUAAUAUUAGCUAAUACACUUCCGAACAACUGGUCCGAGACUUUGGAGAUAGGUCUAAGGGAGCGCACGUUCCAUACAAUAAACGUUAACGGAAAAAGCGUAAAUACGCAGAAGGUGCAACAUCCUGGAAAAUCUCGAGUUCUCAGGCCAUUCGUCAACCGAAUGGUCAGAAUUAGAUGAUAGAAUGGCAAAAAUGAGAUUUUAGGUAUUUAGAGAAAAUUGUCGCAGCCUUUGUUUUUAUGUAUAAUUAAGACGUACUACACAGAGAGAAAAACCAGAGCAGCGACGACAGUAUCAUAUACAUACAGCAUAGAGAGUAAAGCAGAGCAGCGAUGACAGUGUGAUAGGUGUACAGCAUAGAGAGUAAACCAGAGUAACGACGCCAGUGUGAUAACUGGCCAAUAGCUAAAGGUAACCGGCGGUGAAAUACGGCCUCUUUUCAAUUCACCUCAGAAGGGAUUUUAUACUAACUGUUCAUGUAAAUGCAUAAAUAGCAGUACAUUAUACCAACGCCAAAGACACAUCCCCACCUCCCACUAUGGUUUAUUAAGCAGAAUUAGUUUUUAAAAAAUGCAGUGUUGUUAAUUGCAAUUUAUUACUCAUCACUGGUCUGGGGUUAUACAUAUAUCACGUCCCAGGUGUGUUAUUGCUGAUUGACUAACAUACUACGCAGAAAUACGGAUUUUAAAAUUGCCAAAGUCUGUAAACUGAUCACAUUACAAAGUUUAUUUUCUACUUAUGAAGACAAGAGGUAACCAAAACGAAACUUUGAUAGCACGUAGAAAUGCACUCAGGAAAGUUUCAGUAAAACGUAAAGGUUUCUGGUUAACGUUGAACUUCACACUGUAAGUUAAAGACACGAACCCUGGUUUGAACGAAAAGUUGGCGUGUUUGACCGCCAGGGGACUUUUCGGGAGUUAACAGGCUACUUAAGCCACAAUAUAACUCUUACGGGUGAUUCGACCAAGUUUUAUGCUUCUGUUUUGGAAAUUUACGGAACUGUGCUGAGAUUUUGAAAUUUGCGAUUUCUUAUCGUACUUUCUCUCUGGGACCGAUUCACCGCCUUACCGUACCAGAUCCUUUGUAUAUUUCUUAUAUUCAGAAAAGAACCAUUAUACAGUGUAUAUGCAUGUGACUUUCUUGUAUAGUACGUAAUUGCUAACGAUUCAUUUCUUGGCUUGUUGCAUUACAUGCAUGUGUACAGAUCUUACCAUUUAGUUUCUUGAAUCGCGUAUCUCACGGCUUAUACUCUUGCCAUGUGUUUGUACAUGCAUGUAUGUACAUAUAGACUGUUAUUUUGACACAUAUUGUAUCACCAUACAAUAACAUACUAUAACAUGGUCAAUUUUUUUCUGUUUGCAUUUGUGUGAAUUGCAUUUUUUGUUGUAAAAAUGAAUGUUUGUCGAUGAAGGGAAUGGUAUGGGUUCCCUCAAGACUGGGUUCUGUUCUGUAGGCUGAAUUCUGUCCUGUAGGCUGGAUUCUGUUCUGUUAUCUGGAUUCAGUGCUCUAUAGGAUGGGUUCUCUACUAUAGGCUGGAUUCUAUUCAAUUGAGUGGUUUCCGUACGUUAGCUAGGCUGCAUUUUGUUGUCUUCUCCAGGCUGGAUUAUGUGCCAUAAAUUGAAUUCUUUUUCCUGUGGCUUGAUUAGUCUUGGUUCAAUUCUUUUUUCUUGUUUCUCCAGAGUUGAAUUUUGCUUCUCUUGGUUUGGAUUCUAUUUCCUUGGCUUUAAUUGUUUUUCUUUGAGCCGAAGUCUGUCUAUUAGUUGAAUUCUGUUUCAGUAUACUAGUAGUUUGAUUUCCUUUACGCUUGGUAGGAGUCUUGUUUCUUUUGGAUAAAUUCUGGUUGCUCUAACUCAAAACAAUUUGGCAUGUUUUUUUCUUUUGUAUCAUGGUGGUUUUAUAUUAUAGCUGUGUACGAUAAUAUCCUUCAGCAUUUAGUUUUAAGGAUGACAAUGAAAUAUGUGAAGAUUCUUUCUAAACCUUAUUCCUUUGUACAGUUUCAGUUGAAUUGUAUGUAAUUUUGUUUUACCUUUAUCUGUAUCUGUUUUGCUUAAAGACUUACUGUAAUUUGCUCAGUUAUUUUUCUUUUAAACAAAAGCUCAAUAAAAUAAUCAGUU